AUCAAAUUCCGAACUUCACACCUACAAGAUGAGACCUAUACUGCUCUCCGGGCACGAGCGCGCGCUCACCCAGGUCAAAUACAACCCCGAUGGCGACAUCAUUUUCUCAGUAUCCAAGGACCACGUCGUGUGCGCAUGGUAUUCCCACAACGGUGAGCGGUUAGGAACCUACCACGGCCACCAGGGUGCGCUCUGGACAGUCGAUGUCGACCCCACUUCCACCCUCCUCGCGACCGGCGGCGCCGACAACACCAUGCGGCUAUGGGAGGUCAAGUCGGGCAAGCUGUUGAAGACCUGGGAUUUUGCCACCUCGAUAAAGCGCGUGGAGUUCUCGGCAGACGGCAAGCAGCUUCUUGGUGUUACCGAAAAGCGAUCUGGCCAUCUUGGUAUGAUCUACGUCUAUGAGAUCAAUCCCGACGUCGAGGCACAGCAGUCGGACGAGCACGUUUUGAGAAUAGUCUGCGAGGACAGCAAGCCCACAGUUGCAGGCUUCAGCUACCUUGCGCACUACAUCAUUGCUGGACACGAAGACGGCAGCGUCUCGCAAUUCGACGCCAAGAACGGAGAGCUGCUCUACAACACCCAGGUCCACGAGGCAGAUGCGCUGAUCACCGAUCUCCAAUGGUCCCAAGACCGCACAUACUUCAUCACCGCUUCCAAGGACAAGACCGCAAAGAUCUCCGCCGCCGACAGCCUCGAAGUGCUCAAGACCUACGUAGCCGAUACCCCCCUCAACAGCGCCGCCAUUACACCUGUGAAGGACUAUGUUAUCCUCGGCGGCGGCCAAGCCGCCAUGGAUGUCACGACGACCAGCGCCCGUCAAGGAAAGUUCGAAGCCCGUUUCUACCACAAGAUCUUCAUGGAGGAGAUCGGCCGUGUGAGGGGUCACUUCGGCCCGCUCAACUACGUUGCAGUCCACCCGCAGGGCACCGGAUACUGCAGCGGUGGAGAAGAUGGUUACGUUCGUGUGCACCACUUCGACAAGGGCUACUUCGACUUCAUGUACGAGGUGGAGAGGGAAAGGGCUCAGGAGCAGGCGAACCUGUAAAAAGGCGACGAUGGAUGAUGGAUGCAUGGGACGGCGUUCGGUGCCUAGGGUCAUUUGCUCACCUCUUGGGAUGGAGGGACAUUGUGCAAGGUCGCUCAGUAGAGUGUAUGUGUAGACGACAUGCUUUAAUGCAGUCUAUUCGAAUUUCGCCCGUAUCGUUGCCUGGCAUGUUCCUUACCGUGAC